CAGGCCGACAAGCUUCGCAACCAACAAGAGCUCGAACGCCUCCAGGCCAAAUACAUCGGAACCGGCCAUCCAGACACUUCCAGCUGGGAGUGGCGGACAAACAUCCACCGAGACACGUACGCCUCGAUUGUCGGCCACCGACCUCUUCUCUCCUACAUCUCGCUGGCAGAAAACGAGCCACUGACCAAGACGCGGGCUCAGUUGAUACGGGUGUGUAGUUGCUACGCCAAUCCGCAGUUGAAAACCUCGUUAUUUGCUAAUACUUAA